ACAAAUUAUUAUUAAACUGUUAAAUAAAUAUAAAGAAAAUUGUGUGCACAAAAGCUUAAAUAAAUAUAAAAACAACUUAAAAUAAAGCUAAGCAAUUGGAAAACGAAAAGAAUAAUUAUUAAAGGUCUAUAAAAUACAGUGAAAUUUAACAGCUAGAAGAAAAAAAAAGUAAACUUAAGCGAAGGUGUGAAGAAAGAAAAAAAAAAUAUAUAAAAUUUGUGUGUUUAUUGUUGUUGUUAUUGCGUUGCUGCUGCUGCCUCUGCUGCUGCUCAAGUGCUGAGGAGUUCGUUGUCUGUGUUGUUGUUUGGUGUAGUGUCUGCUGGUCUCUGCGCGCUGCUGUGGAAUUUUCGACAACAACAAAAAUGGCCCAGCUUAUUUCGGUAGCGGGGACAAAUCGCGAAACCUUGUACGACAGAUGCCUUUGGUGUUUUGUGACCAAAUUGAAUUACAAUCAACAGACCUUGAAUAAUGUCCAGCAACUACGUUACCUGCCGCCAGGAGUGCUUAUCGAUAUUUAUGUUUUGAUGUCCCAACGAGAUGAUUUGAAAGACAUGCUAUUUGAGCAAUUGGCUGAUUUAGAGAUCUUUGAACGUUUAUUGCGUUUUGAUCCGGCACGCAAGAAAUUAUUUUUAUGCCUGGCUACUUUGAUAAGUAGAGGCAAACCUUUAGCAUCACAAUUAAAACAGACCUACACUGGACGUUAUAAGCAACAACCCGCCGAUGAUAAUGUCAACAAAGCACAAACCACCACGACAUCAACAUCCACAUCCACAAUGACAGCAACAACUAAGACUGCUUCCAAAUUGGCUAAAUUGGCCAAGGCGAAAUUAGCUUUAAAUUGUAAAAGCCAUAAUAACAGUGAACAAACCUCAUCAGCCUCAGUCUCAGCGCCCAGGCCCUCAACAUCAUCACACAGCAGUACAAGUAAAGACUACAACAACACAGCAACAAAAUCUUUAGAUGAAUCAAUUAUACAACAAGCCGAUUCCAUAGGUUUGACUGAUGCCAGCUUAGCAAGUGAUUUUCCUUUUGGUUUGGAUGCCAUAGAUUUUGGUCUGCGUUUGGGUUCCUUUCUGUCCGAGGCCGGCUGGUUGUCCGAAAGUAUAGAAAUCUUAACAUGCGUGGCCACCAAACUGAAACGCAUGUCCUUAGAUAAGAAAUUAAAAAUUAUUUAUUUAGAUUGUUUACAAAGACUUUUACAUUCGGAGACAGGCUUGAGUUAUUUUAAAGCUGCUGAACGUACUUUUGAUGUGAUUGUGGAUUUACUUAAGCAAAUCGAUACGGAGGAGAUACCCAAACCUUUGCUGGCCAAUACUUAUACACAAUUUUCGGAAAUGUAUUUUGCACGCAAUGAAUACGAUGACAGUCAUAUGUGGAGUGUUGUGGCCAUGCGUAAUCUGGAGGAAACCACACCAGAGAGAAUUGCCAUUGAUGUGCUGCGUCAGGCUGCCAAAGCUUGUGUUGUGAAAAGAGAUUAUCAGCGUGCGAAUAUGUUAAUUUGUCAGGCCAAAUCUAGGGCAAAAAAAACUUUCGGUGCUACCCAUCAGAAAUAUGCCGACACUCUGCUCGACUACGGCUUCUUCCUUCUCAACGUCGACUCCCCCCAUCAAAGUGUCAAUGUGUACAAAGAAGCUUUAGAUAUCAAACGUUGUGUCUUUGGUAAUCGUAACUUCCAUGUGGCCAUUGUCCACGAAGAUCUUUCAUAUGCCUACUAUGUGCACGAAUACAGUACCGGCAAUUUCACUUGUGCCCGUGAUCAUGUCGAAAAAGCUGUCGACAUACUCAAACAUCUAGUGCCAGAAGAUCAUUUAAAAUUAGCCUCGGCCAAGAGGGUUAAAGCUUUGCUAUUGGAAGAAAUUGCUCUGGAUAAAAUGGCCGAGGGAGUAGACGAUGAAGGACUGCUUAAGCAAUCAGAAGAUUUGCAUAAAUUUGCUUUGCAAUUGUCGUUGGAGGUGUUUGGCGAAGUGAAUGUACAGACGGCAAAAUUGUAUGGUAAUUUGGGAAGAUUGUAUCAGACAAUGAAUCGUUUUGAGGAAGCCGAGCGCAUGCACCAAAAAUCUAUUAAAAUAAAAACUGAUCUUUUGGGUCCCUUUGAUUAUGAAGUUGGUCUCUCCAUUGGCCAUUUGGCCUCACUGUACAAUUAUCAAAUGAAAAAGUAUCGUGAGGCUGAAGAGCUGUAUUUGCGCAGUAUAGAAAUUAGUUUACGUUUAUUUGGUCGUUCGUAUUCGGGACUGGAAUACGAUUAUUUAGGACUGUGUCAUGUUUAUGAGGUGUUAAGAGAAUAUGAGAAAUAUUUGAAAUACGCAAAUAUGCUGGAUAAUUGGCAAAUUUUGCGUGGACAAAAUUUAACAAUGGACAAAAACAUUUAUCCCGCUAUUAAAGAAGAUAGUACCCUGGAGGACAUCAAAUAUCAAUUUUUCACCAUGUGCACACACAACUUAACCGCUUGCAAUUAAAUAAAAAACCUUCAUUCACCCUGAUACAUUGGUAAUCUCUAAAAUGGAAAGAAGACGGAAAAAUAAAAACAAAAAUACAUUUUAGUGUUGUGUAGAGUGACAUGCAUCAUUAAGUUUACUUAAAAACAAAAAUUUUAGGAACUUUUACAAAAUAAAAACAAAUUUAGUUAAGUAAGUAAGAAAACAAAAA